AUAAGUCAAGGACUUAAGAAGUUUCAAGGUUUGCAGAACCUUGCAGCCCGUCUUCGCCAUCAAGACAUUCAUUCUCUUCUUUCGGCUUUUCUGAGGUCUAAAGCUCCCUGUCAUCAUGUCCGACACAGAGGACGUUGGGGUCGAUGAGGAUAAGCCCAAGUUCAAACCAAGUGCACCAAAGAUCCCUGACGGGGAUAAGGUGGACUUUGAUGACAUCCAGAAGAAGCGUCAAAACAAGGACCUCGUUGAGCUGCAGGGCCUGAUUGAUGCCCACUUUGAGUGCAGGAAGAAGGAAGAAGAGGAGCUUAUUGCUCUGAAAGAUAGAAUCGAGAAACGUAGGGCUGAGAGGGCAGAACAGCAGAGGAUCCGCGCUGAGAAGGACAAGGAGCGUCAGGCAAGACGCGAGGAAGAGAGGCUGAAGAAGGAGGAGGCUGAUGCUAAGAAGAGGGCAGAUGAAGAUGCCAAGAAGAAGUCUGCCCUGUCUAGCAAGGGCUCCCAGUAUAGCAGCUACCUGCAGAAGGCUGAUUCAAAGAGGGGAGGUAAGAAGCAAACUGAAAGAGAGAAGAAGAAGAAGAUUCUGGCAGACAGACGCAAGCCUCUUAACAUUGACCAUCUGAAUGAGGACAAGCUGAGGGAGAAAGCUACAGAGCUGUGGGACUGGUUAUACCAACUGGAGGCUGAGAAGUUUCAGCACAUAGAGAAACUCAAGAGGCAGAAGUAUGAGGUUACUACCCAGCGUAUGAGAGUGGAGGAGCUCAGUAAAUACUCCAAGAAGGGCGCCGCUGCUCGCCGCAGAAAGUAAGCGUUAAUGGAGAAAUCUACACUCAUGGUCAAGACAUGCCUGCUGCCUGCGUCUCCGAGCUCUGCCUUCAAUCACCAGGCAUCUCUGAUCCCACC